AUGUCGAAUUUGGACGUUAUUCUGGAGAAGAUUCACCUGCGGCACGACCCCCGCUGGAGCGCGCGGGGAGUGUGUGUGGCCUGUGUGCUGGAGCUGAUGGACAGAGAGGACGUGUCGAUUGUGCGUAAGUCUGCUGCACUAGCUGAUGUUUUAGAGUUGCUGAAGAUUGCAGGUCUGGUGAGGGACGUCUUCCAACAGGACGAGAGAGUGUGUCUGCAUUUCAUCUGCUCUCUAAUGAAGAUGCUGAAAUCUGUUGAAGAUCUAGCUGUGCUUGAGCAGAUCAUUCAAGUGCUGGUUCAGUUGUUGCUGGAUCUGAAGGAGGAACAUUUUGUGCAGUAUGUUCUGGAUGAGCUCCAAACACAGCUGUGUAAGGGAGCUGGUGGAAAGUUUUUCCCACACCUCACAUUUCUGGGGAAGCUGGUGGACGCUGUGUCUUUUCUGGCCCAAAUGCUGACCACGACCCACUUGGAGUGUAUGUGUGCGUGCAUGCUCAAUCCUGAUGAAGCACUGAAGUCUGCAGUGUGUUACGUGUUCCGUGGUGUUUGGGCGUCUGAGGCAGCACUUCAGUCUCUACCACACACACUGAGGGAGAGAGUGUGUGUGUUACUGUUACACACACUCACUCACACCUGUUCAUUACAGCUCACUAUCAACUGUCUCGGUCUGUUGUUGCUGAUGCUGCGUGGAGGAGAGACAGUGUGUUUGCUGAUGAAUCAGAAAAAGAAUCCACCCAUUGAGGAAGAAGAGGAGUCUCAGUGUACUGAACUGUCUAACCAACACUGUUCCUUACCACUCAUCUUGAAACGGAUGUUGCUAGGCGGUGAUGAGUGUGUGCAGGUGGUGAGUGUUCGGUGUGUUUCUGCUGUACUGACACACUUUCCUAGCCAGUACUGUGCUUCAUUUAUACAGGCAGAUUUACCAGAAUUUCUGUUUGAGAGGUUGAGCAGUAAUAAUGAAGUUCUGCUGUGGUCAGUGUAUGGCUGCCUACUGCUGCUGUGCGAGGAUGCUGCAUUUUUCUCACAAUGUCACUCUAUCUAUGGUAUUGAGUCUCUGGUUCGCAGUCUGAAGGCAGUAUUCAAGUUGUCUAAUCUGGAGGUUCAAAAAAAAGGCUUACAGCUGCUGACCGCUAUACUGGAGAGGCAGCCCACGAGUCUGCGUCUAUUCCCCACUGUUCCUGGGUUUGUGGGCGUAGCUGAAGUAGUGCAGGGGGCUGUGACGUCAUCUUGCUUCAGGGUGGCUACACAGGCAGCACAAGCAGCUACUGCACUGUUCAGGCUCCAUCAUCAGUCCAGUCCAGUUCAUUUUGGAGAGUUAAAGAGGAUUGUUGAGGCUUUAACCUCAAGAUGUGCUGAGCUACCCUUACACAUCACUUCACAGCGCAGAAGGUGUUUUCCAGAUUCUGAGUCAGGUCAGUCUUUCAGAGCAGGAGUGUUUUUAAUCCAGGCUUUGACCUGCUUUCAAGAGGCUUGUAGGUUGGCAGAGGAGUGUGUUACUGAGGCCAGUGUGAAGGAGAACACACUCAUAGCUCCAGAUAAACAGAGUGAGGACACACUUGAGUCUCUGUGUGUGUGUCUGCUGCACUGCUGUGACACAGCCUACAUCCCUGUAGUCACCAGGCUGUGUGAGCGUGUCCCGAGUCCGCAGGUGCUGCAGCUGUUUUUCUCUGUUCUCUCUAUGCAAUUUUCACUUUCUCCGUCACUUACGCCCACCUUCGCCACUAAGCUAGCCUCCUCUGGUUUCAUUAGACUGGCUGUAGAACACAAGGCUCUUCUGUGUUCAGGAAACAGACACUCAUCUUUAAAUGCAGCAUGCUGUGGUUUUCUUCUGAAACUGUGUGUGUGUCUGCUCUCCCAGCCACGCCCUGUAACUGGCAACCACCAGCAAGAUGUAGAAGAAGUGGAAUAUGUUCUACGGGAGUGUUUGCCAUCUCUCUGGUGUCGUGUAUGUGAUUGGCCCUCUGUGUUACUUGAGGUUCCAGAAGAAAAUCAAAACACACAGUUUUGUUUACUCCACCUGCUGUAUCUCUCACUGCUGCACGGUGACAGGUUGCUGCCUGAUGCCACAGUGUUCUCCAGUGUAGUAAAUUUUCUGUGUGUGAUGCAGGAACAGCAUGAUUCUCUUCCUCCAUCUGUCUUAAAGCCUGCACUUUAUCUGUUGGGAGCAACCCAGGAAAGCAACCCUGAUCUAGACUGGGCUGCUUUGAACAGCAUCAGUAACGCCCUUUCCUCCACUCCUCUCGCUUUCUCUCCUCUGUCCUCCCCUCAUCCUGCUCUCUUGCACUUCAUCUUCCGUUACUCUGCCCUGGCCGAGAGAUUUGGGAUGAAGAUUUUGUCCAGCUGGCUGGCAGGUGGAUUAGAACCAGCUGUGUGUGGAGAGAAUAAACAGAGCGGCCCAGAUCUAGAGAAGAACGUAGAGUCAUCAGUGCUUCUGGAGCUGCUUGAGAAAAAACCCUCUACUAUACUAUCCCUGCUGGGUGUACUGUGUGACGAUGAUGGGUCAGUUGCUCGUCAAGCGGUUCAGGUGUUGCGGUGUUACCUGCAGGCUGGACGCUCCUGUAGCUCUGCCCAGGCUCACCUGCUCAAGCCUGCUCUGCUGAAGCUCUUGCAGAGACUCACCUGUGACAGUGAAGACAACACAGUUCUAGGCUCUUUGAUACUGGAGGUGUUGUGUUCAGUGCAGAAUAACUUGCCAGCUCAAAGCAAUAUGGACAACACAGACUUUAAACUGCUGUAUCACGUGAGUAAUCUUGUUGGAAAGGUAAAGUGCAAUAACUCAGAAUUUCUGCUGCCAGCCUUGAACUACCUCUACUGUUGUCUGACCCUGUGUCCACCACACACUGCUGACAGAGUGUGUGUGUGUGUGUGUGUGCGUGUGCGUGUGUGUGCGCGCACAGUGGUGUCCAUGUUGUUGUCCAACACAGGUGUGAUGGAGUUGCUGCAGGUGGUGCUGAAUCUCUUGUCCUCCCCCUCUUCUGUUAUUUCUUCUUCCUCACUCAUUUGCUGCUGUCUCCUUCUAUUGAGCUCACUUAUCACUCUACAGCAUACAUUCUCUGCACAGGUGCAUAAAAGUGUGUGUUUAGAGCUAGAAAUCGUUGUGAAAGCACUCACAUUCCACAAGAGACACACUGACAACUUGGUACUGGUAUGUGUUGUGCGGUUGGUGCAGGCCGUGCUGGAUGUGGAUCUGUCUUCUCCUGUAGUGCGUGUAUCGGAGUGUUUAAGGCUGCACCGCCCCCUGCAGCCUGUAGAUGGAGCACUACAUCCACUGGGCUAUACAGGAGCUACAAGCUUAGUGACAGCAUUACAGAGUCUACUGCUGCAGAAGCAAGAGAUGCUGCUCAAUGCGUCUGUGAACUGUCUGAGGUCGCUGAUAGGCUUUUUACACAGAAGAAAGCCUACUAUAGCCCAGCAUGUGGUGUGCCAGCCGUGGAAUCGUUUCCUGCUGUACUCGCUGCUAAACUCAGGAGAAAACCUGGCACUACAUCCAGCUACACUCAGCCUACUCACUCUGAGUGCACAAAGCCUCCAAACCCCCUUACAAGGCGUGUUCAGUAGAUCAAAUAUGUACGGUGCUUCCAUUUUUUGGGGUGAGCGUGUGAGCUCGUUUAGUGCAAAGUUCAGAUUGCUGGUCCACUGGUCUGGAGGGGUAACACAGUGGGACUCUGAUGUUGCUUGUGUGUGUGUGGCUGCAGAGAAGAGAGGAGUGAAGGAGCUGAGAGAGAACACAGUACACACUCUGAAACUACUGCUUACUGAGUGUAGUGCGUUCUCUCUGUCUGAGCAGUUGAACAUGAGAGUACACAGUUUGUUGGAGUCUCUCGACCAGCUGCCUCCCACAGAGACCAACACCAGAGCUUUAGUGCAUAUCGGAUCUCUUUCCAUCUGCCCUGCAGAUUUUGCAGUGAACACACACCCCUUCACUCAGUAAAACUGCACCAUCCGUCCAGCAGAAA